GGGAUUUCCAGUGUUGCGGCGGAGCGUUCUGGUUUCGGCGUUUUCUCGGCAGCUCACAGGAAACGGGCGGGCGCUUCUGAGCCCGCGAACCUGCGGCGGAAGUGGAAGCCGAAAGCCCUUCCUCAAGUGCCUGGAGCUCAGAGAUGCGGCCCAGGGGAGGGGACUGUAGCUAGGUAAGGAGGCCAUGCUUGCUGUUGCUUCCAGAUUCCAUGUCAGCACCGAGUCCUCAGAUGCUGGUGGCAGCUGCUCAGCAGACCUUGGGCAUGGGAAAGAGACGGUGCCCACCCCGAGCUAUCUGCCUUCACCUAGCUGGAGAGGUGCUGGCUGUGGCCCGGGGACUGAAGCCAGCUCUGCUCUAUGAUUACAGUUGUGCAGGGCCAUCAGAGCUCCAGAGCUAUCUGGAGGAACUGCAGGGCCUGGGCUUCCUCACCCAGGGACUUCAUAUCUUCGAGAUUGGAGAAGACAGCUUGAUUGUCAGUCCUGAGCACGUAUGUCAGCACUUGGAGCAGGUGCUGCUUGGUACCAUAGCCUUUGUGGAUGUUUCCAGCUCCCAACCUCACCCUUCUAUUUGCUCCCUGGACCAGCUUCAGAAUUUGAAGACCCUAAUGGCUGAGAUCAUCGUGCAUUUGCAAGGGCUGCAGAGGGACCUAUCCCUGGCAGUCUCCUGUAGCAGACUUCAUUCCUCAGACUGGAAUCUCUGUACUGUGUUUGGGAUCCUCCUGGGCUAUCCUGUUCCGUAUACCUUUCGUCUGAACCAGGGAGACGACAACUGCUUAGCCUUGACCCCACUACGGGUGUUCACUGCCCAGAUCUCAUGGCUUCGUGGUCAUCCCCCCGUCUUGCUCUAUUCCUUUAGUGUCCCAGAAAGCCUGUUCCCAGCCCUGAGGGAGAUUCUAAAUACUUGGGAGAAGGACCUUAGAACUCGAUGUAGGACUCAGAAUGACUUUGCCGACCUGAGCAUCUCCUCUGAGAUAGUCACGCUGCCAGCAGUGGCUCUCUGACUUUAACUCUUCUCUCAUGCAGAAGGUACUCAGUAAAUAAUCAGCUCUGGCUGAAGGAUGGCAUCUCAAGUACCAAUUCAGAGCAUCUUGAAAACACCGGGGGCAGGGGGGUGGUGCUAUAAUCAGUUGUCCACAUCGCAGUGGGCAUGGGAUUAGUGGUGGCGGCAUUGGUUGUACAUUUACCAUUUCUGUACUAAGGAGUCCUCUUGACUUUGCUGAGAUAUCUGCUGAUUUUUCCACUGGGUAGGAGAUAGAAGAAGAGAGAUUGUGGAGAAGGGCGGUGGAGGACAAGUGUAUGUUCUUGUGUGGUAACUGUAAAUACACCUGCCCUUGUGGGUGGUGUCUGCCAGAAAGUAGAAGACUAGGCGGGUUUUACCGCAUGUUUAUAUACCACCAACUGAAUUGGACUAGGGAGGAUAGACGAGGAUGCUCACAUGUCUUACAUGUGUGAUGUGAAUUGUCAUUCCGGAGUAAACGAAGAGUUCUGAGGAACAGAGACUAUUAGAUGAAGUUUUUAUUU